AUGUCUCUUCACAAUCAACCCAACAAGGAAAAGUCGACCAUCGUCAUUGUUGGCGGCGGUGCCGGAGGCCUUUCACUGCUCAAUAACCUCUCGACGACCAUCGAUCCAGAUAAACAAAGGGUCAUCCUUAUCGACGCUCGCCCUACAAUGAUUCACUUGCCCUCCACAUUGCGGCUCAUAGUCUCCAACGCAGACGACCUUUUGAAAAGAUCUAUCCAUCCUUACGGAGAUCACACCUUUCGCAAUAAGCUCACCGGAACCGGGAUAUUCAUCCAUGCUUCUGUGAAGGAAAUUGAUUUUGGGAAGCCUGGAGACGGUGGUAUUUUGACUCUAGAUAAUGGCGAGACUGUAGCCUACGAUGUUCUCGUACUUGCUACUGGAUCGACUUGGCCUCGUCCCAUCGCGUUUCCAACAGAAAACAUGAAGGAAAUUACGGAGCAUAUUCAAGCAAUGCGGGCAGAGUUUGACACUGCACAAGAUAUUCUGCUAGUUGGGGGAGGGUCGGUCGGUAUAGAACUUUCCGGUGAACUGCGAGACAUUUUCCCAUUGAAGCCCAUCACGAUCAUUCACCGUGAAAACCACCUCCUCAACGCGACCUAUCCAGACAAAUACCGAAUCGCCGUUCAAAAACAACUCGAAGGUCGUGGUAUAACCGUCCUCACUGGAGAUGCUAUUUCCGCCUCGGACGCGUCAAAAGUAUCAGGAAGUCAAAUUCCCAAAGACGGAUUUAUCACUGAACAGGGUAAAACACUCAAGGCCGAUCUGGUGAUCCCGACGUGGGGUACCCGCCCAAAUACUUCUUACCUUCCCUCAGACCUCCUCUCCUCCACUGGCCACGUCAAGAUUCUCCCAACAUUCCAACUGCCUGCUCAUCCCAAUGUCUUCGCCUUUGGCGACAUCAUGGACUGGAAAGAGCAGAAAACUGCGGCAAAUGCAAGCUUUUUCCAAGCUCCCAAAGUUGCCAAAAAUAUUCUCUUGUAUCUUCGAGAAACCGAGGGGAUCGCAAAGUACAAUGGAUCUUUCGUGAUGAUAAUGGUUACCAAUGGAAAGACCAGUGGAAUGGGUUACUUCAACAUUCUCUGGGGUAUUAUUGUCGGCGGAUGGAUCUCUUCGUUGAUGAAGUCGAAGGACCUUAUGGUUUCGCGUAUAUCAGGCAUGACUGGGUAUACGCCGGUGUAA